ACUCGCGUAUCGGGGGCAACACUAAUCCUCUGUAGUGCGCAUGUCAUCUGAUUUUUAUGACCUAACCUAAAAAACAAAUGCUUUCUGACAUUCUGACUUCUGACUGGACUGGAGUUUAAUUUUCUGCAUUCGAAUUGGAACUCGUUUUUAUAUUUUUACUUAUGACGAGCUUGUUUAGUUAGUUAAUAAUGGACACAGAAAAAGAAAAACAGUAAGUUCGUAUUAUUAACAUUAACAACAAUAACUAAGCAUUUUUUGGUAAAGAAUUAUUUUAACCAGCAUUUUAUUUUGACACAAAGUGUUCCUAAUAAAAGAUUAAUAAUAAAGAGGUUUUUAUAAAAUUAGGUAUAUAGUAAUUAAUUAUUCCCUCUUUUGUUUCAGGAAUACCACUACCAAUUAUAUUUGCACAAUAUGUACAAAAACUUUCACCACAAAAUCGAACGUUAAUCUACAUAUGAAAAGAAUUCAUAAACAAUUAAAAAAAAAUACAAAAUUAUCAUUAAAAUGUCCUUUGUGCACAAUGCUGCUUGAGAACUACAGUGAAUUGGAUAAGCAUUUGAUAUCUAUUCAUAAUGAAUUUUUUAAACAAGAAAAGUACUCAUUUGAAACCAUUGAAAAAUUUAAUGCAUGGAAAUUGGAAAUAGAAAAAGAAACAAUAUGUUUUUUUAAAUUAAUGAAUUCCCGAAAGGUGAAAGAUAGGAAAAUUGUAAAAUAUAUUUGCCAUCGGUCAGGGACGUACACACCCAGGGUACUGACCAGAAAAAAAGCUUUAAAAGUAAAAGGCAGCAAUAAAAUUGGGAGCAAUUGUCCUGCUAGAUUGGUGGUAACCACAAGCCAUAAUGGCAGCGUCAAAGUUGAUUAUUUCUCAACUCAUAUCGGACAUGAUUUAGAAGUAGGCAGAGUUAAUCUUACUUACAAUGAACGGCAAAAUAUAGCAGGAAAACUUCUACAGGGUAUUCCUAAUCAAAGGAUUCUACAAGAUAUAGGGGAUGAAUUUAAUAGUAAGGACAGAUUAAGUUACACUACAGUUCACGAUAUACAUAAUAUUAAGAGAUCCUUUAACAUACAAUCAAAUGUUAUAUUCCAUGAAGAGGAUACCACAAGUUUUAAUAUCCUUAUUGAGAAGCUGAGAAACGAAGCCAAUAAUCCUGUGUUAGCAUACAAGCCUUAUGGUCUCGAAGACAAUAUCAUAGGAACAAACAACUUUUUUUUAGUGAUCAUGAAUAGUGCCCAAGAGGAUAUACUGAAUAAAUAUGGAAAUGAAAUUUUAAUGAUAGAUUCCACACAUGGAACGAAUCCAUACAAGAUUCAACUAACAACAUUAAUGAUUGUUGACAGUGAUCAUGAAGGGUUUCCCGUUGCAUUCAUGUGGUCAAUAACUCAAACAGAAGCAAUUUACAAUCAGUUUUUUUUGUGUAUAAAAAUAAAAGUGCCAGAGUUAAAACCCAAAACUUUUAUGUCAGAUGACAGCAAUAUCUUUUAAAAUGCUUUUGUAAAUAUAUUUAUUUUUAAGCCAAACAAAAUUUUGUGUGAUUGGCAUGUCAAAAGAAAUCUUAAUGAAAAUUUGUCAAAAAUAAGUAACACAGAAAAAAGAAAAGAAGUAAAGCAAAAAAUGAAAAUUUUAGUAAAUGUUACCACUUUUGAAAAAAUUUUAGAAUCAUUAGUUACCAAUUUAAAUAAUGAUCCAGAAACUCAAAAGUAUGGACAAUACAUUGGUACAUAUUACGCAAAUAGGCCAAAACAAUGGGCUCAUUGUUAUCGAAAACAAUUUCGUAAAAAUACAAAUAUGUCCCUGGAAAAGUGGCAUCAUGAAAUUAAGCAUAACUCAAGAAUGAAUGGAAAAUGUCAGCGAAGACUUGAUGUUGGCAUCAACAAUGUUAUGGAAUGCCUUCGAAUGAAGUUUUUAAAGAGACUUGUAUCCAUUUCACGUAAUAGAGUGCCUUUUAAGUUAAGUGAAUUGCGUCGGAGACAUAAAUUAGCAGAAGGAUUUCUAAAUGAUAUCGAUAUAGUUGAAGAAGUCCCGAAUUUAAAGUGGUUUAUUUCUUCAUUUAAGAACAAAUCAAACAAAACUCUAUUGGAAUACUAUGAAGUAAAACUAGAAAAUGAAGAAAAAUGUAAUUGUGUAUUUUUUUGCAAUGAUUGCAAAUCAUGUUUGCAUACAUAUUCUUGUACUUGCCAUGACUUUGCAAUUCAGUAUAACAUGUGCAAACAUAUCCACAUAAUUUGCCUAAAAUAUCCUCGAACAUCCACUAUCGAUGAAAACCUACAGCUACUGUCCAGUGGAGACCUCAACAACAAUGCAAGUGAUUUGGAACAUAAUACUAUAUCUGGUCAUCUUCAGGGUCUAGCAGAAGUAAAAAAUUUAGAUUUGGCAACGGAAAAUGUACUUCAGGAACUUGAUAAUCUUAAAAAGUUAGUAGUUUUAAAUGGUACGAAUUCUGAAGUAAUCUCAUACGUCAAGAAAAAUGUUUUGACAGUAACAAGAGGAAUUCAUGCUAUAAUUAAAUCAUCGAAUACAGUAGAUACACCAUCUAAAUUAAUCUCUUCAUGCUCAGAUCCACAUAAUAAAAAAAUUGAGCAUCAAAACCGUAGACUUCCUUCCUUACAUAAACUAAAAAAGAAAACAAAAGCCAAAGAAAUUCCCAAAGAAACUGAGACAACAGUGUGCAAUUUAGUUUUAGGUUAGUUAUUUAGAAUAAUAUUUUACCUAUAUUUUAUGUGAAA